GUUGCUGCUGCCAGUGCUGCCAUGAGCCAGGCCCCGGAGCCCCGCCGCCCCGAGCACCAGCAGCAGCACCAGCCGCCGCCGGCCUCGCCUGCUCAAGAUGCCCCUCUGCCUGCGCCGGGGAUGCAGCCCCAGACGCCCAGCCUGCCCCAGCUCCUCCAGAAUGCUGCCAAGCUUCUGGACAAGAAUAUAUUUACUGUCAGCACCCCAAAUCCACUGCUUCCUUCUCCUGCAAGUCUUCAGUUCGCUCAAUUGCAAGCCCAGCUUACUCUACACAGGCUAAAAUUGGCUCAGACAGCAGUCACCAACAACCCAGCAGCUGCAACUGUUCUGAAUCAAGUUCUUUCCAAAGUGGCAAUGUCUCAGCCACUAUUCAACCAAUUAAGACACCCUUCCAUGUUUAACACCUCACAGGGACAUGCUGGAGGUCCUGGGGUUACUAACAGUAGAUUUCCACCUGGUGGAUUACAUUUUCCAACACAGAACACCACUUUGGCAGCACCAGCUGGAACCUUGGGACCUGUAAGUAACCUUCAAAAUCAGAACCCAAAUACCAUGGUCAUAAAUCCUUUUGGUGGUGUAAUAUCUCAGACACCUGGACAACAGGCUGUAGUUAUGGGUCUGAAUAAAACUGGCAUCUCCUCUGCUACAGGUGGAUUUUAUGACUAUGGUAAACAACUAUUUCCUUCUGAUGCUGAACAAUGUGGCCAACAUGGCUUUGCAGCCAGUGGUUCUCAUUCAGUCCCAACUUCCUCUGGAGGCAGAACAUAUGAUGGUCAUUUUGUUAAACAUGAUAACCAGCUGGGAUUUCAGAAAGAGUUUUAUGGAGCCACUUCUAAAGGACAACAUACAACUGCUAUACAGUCUUUGACUUUUUCUGGUGACCCACAUAAUUGUCAUCAGAUUAGAACUCAAAAGGAUGAAGCCGGCCCUGUAAUUCAUGAAACAGAAGCAAAUAAUCAGUGGGAAAAUCCUUCUACUUUCUCUAGCCAAAAUAAACAUGACAUCAUGCCCAGUACCAGCAUGUGGCCGUCAGCAAGUGUCCCGUAUGAAAUACGAAGUGAUCUUUACAACCCUGAAGAGCCAACGCCUGACACAAAGUUUAGUACUGGUACUCCACUUCUUUUCAGCCGAGCCAAAAGCAGUAAACAGAAUUUCAAUAACUCACGAAUGAGACAGCAGCAGGAACCAGUUACACCUGAUUUGACAGUGAAAUCUCUUCAGUCACAUGAGCUAAAUGAUUUUCCUAGUUUAGCCCCUGUUUGCUUUCCCCACAUUUGUAAUUUAUGUGAUAAGAAAGUCUUUGAUAUAAAGGAGUGGGAUCAGCAUAUUAAAGGAAAUCUUCACAUUCAAAAAUAUAUGGCUCUGUCAGAAAAGUGCAUGUUAAGUUCAGCAGAAGGGAUGUUGCACUCCUCUUCUCCAAAUAACACAUCUGUGUUUCAUCAUUCUGGUUCUGAAGAUUACCCUUUAAAUGCUGGUUCAGGAUAUAACUCUGCAUUUGGCCAGACAUGUUCUACAUUCUCUUCUAUGCCACCUGGAGUAAACCUGCCAGAAAAGAAAAGUUCACCAGGUCGUGUAGUACAUAUCUGUAAUCUUCCUGAAGGAAGCUGUACAGAAAAUGAUGUCAUCAAUCUAGGACUUCCCUUUGGAAAAGUUACCAAUUAUAUCCUUAUGAAAUCAACUAAUCAGGCCUUUCUAGAAAUGGCAUACACUGAGGCAGCUCAGGCCAUGGUGCAGUACUACAAAGAGAAACCUGCAAUGAUAAAUGAUGAUAAAUUACUCAUUAGGAUGUCUAAACGAUACAGAGAACUUCAACUAAAGAAACCUGGUAAGAAUGUGGCAGCAAUAAUCCAGGACAUCCAUUCUCAAAGAGAACGGGACAUGCUGCGGGAAGCGGACAGGUAUGGACCAGAAAGGCCUCGGUCUCGCAGUCCUAUAAGCCGUUCACUUUCCCCGAGAUCACACACUCCAAGCUUUACUUCAUGUAGUUCCCCCCAUAGCCCACUAAGCACAAACAGGACAGACUGGGGGAAUGGAAGAGACACAUGGGAUCAAUCUCCUUUUUCUCGUAGGGAAGAGGAAAGAGAAGUGUUUCCCCGGAGAGAGAAUGGGGAAGAUAAAAGAGAUAGGACUGACUCUUGGGUGCAUGAGAGAAAACAUUAUUUACGCCAUCUGGACAAAUUAGACUUAGAAGAGCGUGUCGAAGGCACCAGAAGUCACAGAGAAAAAUAUUUUAGAGGGAGUUCACCUAAUGCAAAGGGAACUCACAAUUUACCUGGACAUAAGAGCAGAGAAGAAGACUACUACAGAAAACCAUCUAAACAAAAAUCAGAUAAGUAUCAAAAAAUGACACUGGAUACUGUCUCAAAGUGUAAAAGAAAGGAAGAGGCAAAACUGAGAGAGCACAAACAUUCUCACUCUGAAGACCCAGUCAAGGAAGAAGCAUCAGAGCAAAAGUCUAGCAAGAUGUAUGACAACACCAAGCAAAAGCAGAGUGAUAAGGAAAAGGUCAAAGAUGCUGAUAAAAGACUAGAAGAAGAAGCAUCUUGUGAAGCUGAAAAAGUUAGUGUGAAGCAAGGAAAAGGAAGUGAGAAUGAGGUUGAAAAUAAAGAUUCUCAUAUGGAGGACAGUACUUCCCCUACAAAUAAGCAGAUGAAAGAAACAGAAGAUUCUGUAGAAAACUCAAGAAAAGAGAAGGACUGGGAGAGUGGAAGUGAGAUGGAAGCUGAGACCUGGUAUCCUGCUAAUAUGGAAGAGCUGGUAACUGUAGAUGAGGUGGGAGAAGAUGACCUUAUCAUGGAACCUGAUAUAACUGAUCUUGAAGAAAUAGUAACAGUAGGUCAGAAAGACCAAGAAUGUCCUGUAAUAAGUGCUUUAGCUACCAACGUGGAAGUGAAGAAUGAACACGGCAAAAUGAAUAGAAAUGACGACAAACCUAAAGAAAUGGAAGAAAUGUCAGAAGAGGGGAAAAUAGGGAAUUUCAGUGGCUCUGAAAGUGAUAAUGCACCCAUUAAAGCUUAUCUAAAUCUGGACACUGAAGAAAAGCCACACAAAUCGCCUGACUGCAGACCUCGGAGGGAUCCUGAUUGCUGCAAUAAAGAAAGAAAAAUAAAUGAAAACACUGAUAGCCAUUUUAAGCUGGAUGAGCAGUGUGUUGCUUCUGGUCCUCCAAAAGAAGAGCUUUACCAGCAGAAUGAUAUGAUAGAUGAUUACAAAGCAAUACAACCAUUAGAAAGUGACAGUAGCAAAACUAUGGAAAUGUUGGCAAUAAACACCCAGGAAGAAACAAGCUGUGGAAAUCAGGGACAACAAAGGACUCAGGAAAGUGAGGCGAUAGAAGGAGUCUUCCCAUUUAAAUGUUCCAAACAGGUAAACUGUAGGUUUCAGGAAAUGAAAACUCCUAACUUCCCAGAAGUAGAAUCAAAAAGAUCAUAUUUUUCACCAUCAUGGGAACAAGAAGAUGUAUUUACAGAGCUCAGCAUUCCUCUAGGAGUUGAAUUUGUUGUGCCCCGAACUGGCUUCUACUGCAAACUUUGUGGGCUUUUCUACACAAAUGAAGACGCAGCAAAGACUCGUCACUGUAGAAGUACUGUUCACUACAAAAACCUUCAGAGGUACCUGUCACAGCUGGCAGAAGAGAAUCUGAAGAUGACUGAAAAAGAAAGCAGUUUAACACAAGAUGAUACCGGAAUUGUGCCUCAUUUUGAGGAGAAAAAGCUAUGAUUUUGUGAAUGUACAAUGAUUUUUUUCUUAUUCUGAUGAUGCACCUUUACUUUGCACUGUAUUGAUUGAGGGGAGACAUAAUGAAGAAUUUGUUCUAUGCAUCUACCCUGAGAGCACCAUUAUAAAAAUAUAAUGCCUGAAAUACAGUAAAAUAACAGUGACAUAUCUUUAUAACUAGCAGAACUUGGGUUUUCUCUGACUGUAGCAGGUACAGCAAUCUAAAUUCUCAGGAAUUCUCUCAGCAUUAGUUAUGAUAUAAAUUGAGGUUACAAAAUUGUGCGAAUUACCUGGAACAAACUAAUUGAAAUUUUGAAAAAUCCUGUUAAUCUACUUCUUCAUUCACCUUGCCCAGUGAUGAACCACAGGUCUUACAAUCACAUCCAGCAUCAACGUGCUGCAGUUCAUAAUGUUACUGCUUUGCCAAUAGCAACAUCACUGUCUUGUAUGAAGUAGUCUAUGGUCCAUACAGCACUUCCAAAUCUGUGCCUGAACACACUUCAGAAGACUAAAAUUAGAAAGCUUCUAGCAGAUCAUGUUCCAGGUUUUGUCCCUGGUAGAUUUGGUAAUAACUCUCAUGAGCUUUUCAUAAAGCUUAUUUCUAGUGGCUCUAUUAUAGGCUUAUUUCUGUUAAAUCUGCAUAAAUUUGCACAUGAAUGAACUAAUAGAUUUAAGUGGGGGAGAGCUUUUUUCUUUGCUUUAGGUGAUACACACACUUCUUGCACCAUCUCAGAAGACACAAGCUUUUCAUGAGAAAGAAAUAGGCAUACCUCCUCUAAAAUGGUGCCUCUCACUUGCGUAGGCAGGGAGGGCACUUGGUCUUCAAGCUGUAUGAUGCAGCUAUCUCACUGAAGCUAAACGGGUUGGGCCUGGUCUUUUCCCAGGUGAAAAAGUGCUUGGAAAUCCUGUAUAUGUUGUGUAGUGUUCCAGGGUAAUAAUAUUUUAAUCUGUCCCAAAAUGAGAGGCAUCUUUUCAAUUGAGGAAAUGUUUUUUAAUGAUUAAUCAAGUUCACAUUGCAGUCCUAGUUUAAGCAGACUUUCACUUUCAUUUCCAUUUAUUUCUAUCUUGAUUAUAUACAUAUGCAUAAUAUAAUAUUUUAGAUCUGUGUGUUUCAACAAUGUGCAUUAUCCAAAGUACAAUUAAAGUAAACAUCACAUUUAUCUUAUUUAUUUAAAGGAUGCUUGGAGUGUUUAAAUGUGUAGUUCCUGUCAAACUUAGUAGUAUCAAUCAUAAAUGAGAUGAUCUUUUUAAAACUAUACCAAGUACUAUAUGAGUUGCUGAGCCAUAUCCAAAAGAAGAGUAAGUAUAUUUGUUGCAAUUACCUGUGUAGAAUGUUUUGAAAUAUGUUUCUUAUUUUAUAGGAAAAAAAGGCAGGAGAAAAAUUAUUUCUGUUAUUCAUUGUUCCUGAAUGCCCCCAUAGUACUAGCACUUUUUAGAUCUUUUGCUCUGUGACUAAAUUAACAGAAAAACGGCUGUUGCCAAAAUCUCACAACCUCUUGUUUUAUAUUCCAAGCUCACUAAUAUCUUAAUUUUUCUGGCAAGCCGAGGUGGUGCAGAAACCUAUACCUUCAGUUCACUUUCUCUAUUUCUCUUACGUAUGUGCUGUCACAAGCCUCCCCUCCAUUUUAUUAAAUGGUAUAAACAUUCAAUUUAUUUACAUCAGAGAUGGGGCCAAACAGCAUAUUUCAGAUCUAUAUUAAUUUUAGAGCUUUUAAAGUCUUGACCUUUGGUUUGGUAUUGAAGAGGCAAGGUUGACAAGUGUGCCUCUGAUCUCUCCAAGAAACAAAAUGUACUGAGCUUUGCACCUCUCUUUUGAAAACAUUUUAUUGCACCUUUUAGCAUAAAAGAAAAUUAAGCAGUUAACAGUUUUUAAAAGAAAUAAGAUUGCAGGUAACAUGGACAGCAUAUACACACAAAGUAGAAAAACAGUAACACUUAAAAUAGCAAGCAAUAAUAUUUACUGCUGGUGUUCAGGAACACAUUUCUGUUACAAAAUGGAUGCAUGUAAUCUUUCUGUUGCUGCAAUUUAUGAGGUGGAUGUCAAUGAACAUAUUGACACAGAGUACCCAAUGAAGAAUGUGUAUUCUUUGAAUCCAUGCACUAAAAAUCUGGGGAAAAAUAUGAAAGGUUACUUCCCAUCUGCCUUAAUUCUUCACACAUGUAAUUUCUACUGACUGAUAUGUAUGUAUAGCACAUAGCACUCUGAAAUGUAGCCAGAACUAUUUAUUAUUAUUAUUAUUAUUAUUAUUAUUAUUAUUAUUAUUAUUAUUGUGUAAAAAGCUUUACUAUUUAUAAAGUAUUGCAAAGCAGCAUAAACGUUUUGAAGUCUUUAGAACUUAUAUUAUUUUCUUACUUGUCUCAACCAGUUAAUGGGUAUUAAUACCACAUGUAUUUUUUUUUUUCAUUUUAAAACUAAAUAAUUUAAGAAUGCCCAAUAAAACUUGACAAAUUUUUCUACAGACCUGCACACUAGUGUUUAGUAUCAGGUUUUCAGGGUUUUUUCUAUGUCUAUUAAGUCUGUGAUCUGUUGAUCCAUACUUGAACCUGGACCAGAUGUUACUAUUUAUUGAAUUCACACAAUCUUGUUUAAUUAUUGGUUUGUAAACAUUUGAACUGUUUUAAAAAUUUAAGGUAAUCAGGAAGCAUCACAAGUUUUAAUUGCUCUAUGUACCAAAAAUUUCGAGUUGUAUUUCUUAAAAUAAAUGGAUUAUUGUAAUAAAAGUAAU